AUGCAUUUUCUACUCAGCAUUGCGUUGGAAAUGGCACGACCAGCAUCAAUGGUUUCUAAAAACUACCUAACGCUAAGUCUUGGCUUUGCCGUUUUUACUUCUGUGAUAGCAUCAGAUCUAAGGCGUAUCUUACCGCUGGAUUUGAAAAUUCGAGAAGGAGAAGAUCUUCAGCUUCGGCUGACAAGUGCAUUACCUAACAUGGUAUCGUGCUAUGUAAAGACACCGUUAUUAACAAGCUUUAACCUCGAGAGCGGAGAAUCUGACAGUUCGAACAGAAUAAACUACUGGACGGAGAAUGGGGAAUGUGGCGUUAGAGCACGAAGUGUAACGAAAGAUGAUACAGGAAGGUGGAGACUUACUGCUAAAAAUGCUAGUCAUACGCUUGUAGAUGCAACGUUCGUCGAGGUCUUAGAUAAAGUGAGCGAGUCAGAGAAAAGUUAUGAUAUCGAAAGUGGCUUAGAAUACACUCUGAUGCUUAAAGAAAACACCAAGUAUUGCUCGGUUGACCAACCUCAUUCUGAAGUGACUCUCCUCGUAGGUGGGGAGUGUAAAGUUGAACUACAGCAACCUACCGCUGCCAUUCGGGGCAACUGGAAGGCAACAACAGGAGUAGUUGGUCAAUUGCAGGAAAUACCUGCUAAGGUGGAACUAAAUGUUUACCAAGACCAGCUUGCAGUUGGAUAUGUAAUACAUCAUGAUUCCAAUACCAUAAAUGCUUACUGCAACCUUAGGGAUAGUGAAAAGGAAUUGGAGUUUUGUCGAUUUGUACGACCUGACAGCACACAGACAGGCUAUCAAUUGAGUGAGGGCUUACACAGCGGAAGGUACGGGUACUAUGGAGCAGGACUCAAGAAUGGCGAGUGCGGUAUAACAAUUGAAACGCCCACGCAGGAGGAUUAUGGGCAAUGGCAGUGCUCUGUUGGUGUUAAGGAUGAAGUCCCAUUUGGUACCUACGUUCAGAUAUCAAGUGGUGCUAAUCGUGCUGCAGUUGUUAGAGGCCAAGCUUUACCAACAGAAGCAACAGCUACUUACGUACAUGGCAAAUUACAGCUCAGAUGUGAAGCUAAUGUCCCAAUAAGUUACUGUUGGUUCCUCGGACCAGAUGGCGAAAUUUUCACACCGACCCAAUCACUGCAGCAAGAAGACCUACCAUACAAGUAUAUUGGUAACGGAUUCGGGAAAGGGCAAUGUGGUAUGGAGAUAAAGACUGCAGAAGUUAAACACAAGGGACAGUGGACAUGUCACAUGGGUCCUAGUACACCUGGGUUUGAACUAAUAUCCACUAUUGAUGUUGCGGUUUCAGAGACACCUCUGGCAGCAAAGAAUCGUCACAUCAGUACUAUAAGUCAACGAACUUUGACCUUAGAAUGCAGGACUGUUCCCGAAAAAAUUUCUAUCAGUUAUUGUAGAUUCCUCAUGCCUGAUGGUACCGGAAUUCAUAUAAGUGAUGAAAUAUCUGAAAAUAAUCCAUUGUUACUUGGAAACGCACAUUAUUCAUUUUAUGGCGAUGGCUUGCGAUUAGGUGGCUGUGGAUUGAAAGUCGACAGGAUAUUGCCUAAGCACUUAGGCACUUGGACUUGUGCUGCUCGUCUAGAAGUUUCGAUAAACAAUAGCGAAGUAUUUGACACGAUCGUCGUAUCAACUACAGAAUCAUCAUCACAAAACGCUGCUGGAGAAGAAAAUCUAACUGCCAGUGCAACUGCUGGUAUAGUAUCUGGAGUACUAAUCUUGGCAGGACUUCUCGCAGCAGGAUCUGUGUACAUGGUGAAAUGGAUUAAGGCCAGACAAUUGCAGGACAAUACCAGCAGACUAGAAGUAAUUUCUGUAUCCACAGACGAAUCCAGAAGAAGUUCUAGUUCAACGAAUUCUGGCAUUAGUUUAGCAGACAUGGCACCUCGCAAUGGACGGGCAUAAGUUAUCGGAUUGUAGUAUAAAAAUACGAAUGCUUUUGUUAAAAAUGGAGAACGGCUAACAACAGAAAUCCCCGAAAAUUUUUUUUUUUUUGUUUUAUCGUUAAACUAAAGUCAAUAAAUCAAAUUAUCGUGCAAUGCACGGAUUGAUGAAAGUUUCUUCAGAACGACAAGUAAACGAAUGAAUGACUUAGUUUCUUUUUACAGCGGCGUAAAAUCAUUUUUUUUCUCUGCCAUUCUUUAAUCAGUCGCAUUGACACAGCCCGGAAUAAUUUUCGAAUAUAGCUUAUAAAAGUAUCAAGCUAACUUUUGAAACACUUUGAUAUCGCGUCAUGCGAUGCUCUU